AAAAGGAAAGACAAACGACAAAAGAAAACAACAUUUAAGAAAGGAAAGCAAAGCAGCGUUUUACUUAAUUUUUGUGGUACCUCUGAAAAAACCAGAAGAAGAGCCAGAAAUCAAUGGCCGGCGAAAGUGAAACCCUGCGCAUAGCGAUGUUUCCAUGGCUGGCUUUGGGGCACCUCAUCCCGUACCUGGAAUUCGCGAAGCUGAUCGGCGGACAGCGCCACCACGUGUUCUUCGUCUCCACCCCUCAAAACAUCCGCCGCCUCAUCCCCAGAGUGCCCUCCGAUUUGGUUCCCUUCAUCACCUUCGUCAACCUGCCCCUCCCUCCCGUCGCCGGCCUCCCCGACGGCGCCGAGGCCACCGCCGAUCUCCCUUCUCACCUGGUUAAGUUCCUCAAAGUGUCGUAUGAUGAGCUCCGGCAUCCCAUGGCUGAGUUUCUCCGAUCUUCCUCUCCCGACUGGAUCCUCCAUGAUUUCGCUUCCUACUGGCUCUCUCCCAUCGCCCGCCAACUCCGCAUUAAGAUUGGCUACUUCAGCACUCUAAACCCGGCGUUUCACAGUUUCAUGGGCCCAGUUUCAGGCAUGAAGGGUGGCGAAGGGAUCCGCAAAACUCCCCAUGAUUUCACCGUCACACCCACCUGGAUCCCCUUCCCCACAACGGUGUCGUUUUCCUACUACGACAUCAAGAAAAUACUCGACAAGUCGUCGGAGAACGCCUCCGGCUCCGACAACGGCGUCUCCGACGUCCACCGCUUCGCCGACGUGAUACAAGACUCCGACGUAAUCGCAGUGAGAGGCUCUCGCGAAUUCGAAUCCGAAUGGUUCCAAGUCCUCAACGAGAUCUACCAAAAGCCCGUUUUCCCGGCCGGCCAUUUCCCGACAACGGAACACGACCAAGGGGAAGAAACAGAGACAUGGGAAUUCAUAAAAAACUGGCUGGACAAUCAAAACAGAGGAUCCGUCGUCUACGUCGCGUUCGGGACGGAGGCCAAGCCGACGAAGUCGGAGCUGACGGAGAUAGCGCUGGGGUUAGAGCAAUCGGAACUGCCGUUCUUCUGGGCUCUGAAGACCCGCCGGGGAGCGGCCGACGGCGAGGCGGUUCAGUUGCCGGAAGGAUUUGAAGACCGAAUUGGAGGGAGAGGGCUGGUUUUCAGGAAUUGGGUUCCCCAGGUGAAGAUCUUGGGGCACGAAUCGGUGGGGGGAUUUUUGUCCCAUGGUGGAUGGAGCUCGGUGGUGGAGGGAAUUAAGAAUGGGAAACCUCUGAUUUUGGUUGGGUUUUAUGGAGAUCAGGGGAUUAACACCAAGGUCGUGGCGGAGAAGAAGAUGGGGCUCCCGAUUCCGAGGGCGGAACAGGACGGCUGGUUUGGGAGAAAUUCGGUGGCGGAAUCGUUGAGGAUGGUGAUGGUGGAGGAACAGGGCAAGAUUUACAGAGAGAAGAUUAUGGAAGCGAGGGCGUUGUUCGUCGAUACAGAGAUACAACAAAAGUAUGUGGUUGAAUUUCUGGAAUAUCUUAAGAAUAAUAAGCAUUCUUGCCAUGGAUAAGGAAAAUACUAGCUGACGUGUACUUCGUCAAACAUUUAAUCACGAGGUGAACAAGGUUCAACAAGUAUUUUUACAUGGAUAAAUAAAACGUUUUUUUAGUA